AUGCUGCGGGCCAUGCGCGCACCGCACGGCGCGCUGCGCAAGGCGCCCGUUUCCACGGGGUCCGCCCUAUUGUCCACGGGGCCAUCCGCCAGAUGCUCGAGGUUCCUGGCCACGAAGAAGGAGGAGGGUUCGCUGAGGAAGAAGGUGCCCCCGGAGACACCGGAGGAAGUCACGCGGAAGCUGCGCGAGCAGAGGGACUACUGGGACAAGCAGGAGCGAGCCUUUGGGGUCUUUUGGGGGGAAGGAAAUGAGAGAGCCCUUUGGUGA